GUUAAAGACGUCGAUGUGGCUCAUAGACACCUUCGUGUGUUCGUUUGAAAGAAGCUGCUGAGAUCCGAGCCUCCGUGGUGCUGAAGGGACAGCUCCUCCUGCUCCUCCGCUCCUCCGCUCCUCCUCCGACAUCUGCAGAAAUGUUCACCAGGAUGCUGAAACUCAGACUUCUUAAUGCUGUAGCCCCUGCGUACUUCUUCAUGGCUACAGCAGCCACCUUUGUUCUGCACUUCUGCUUCUUCAUGCCGUCAAUCUUCCCCAAUCCAGACACGUCGCUGACGGCGUCCACAACUCUCCAUACGGUCGUUUUCCUCUUCUUAAUGUUCAACGCGUUGGGGAAUUACGUAAUGACUAUUAAAUAUCCGGCGGAAAGUGCCAACGAGACUGUGGUCCCGGUGUGUUCGCCGCACUGCUCGGACAAAGUGGACGCACACUACCUCCUGAACGGCCGCCACUUCUGCAAGCUGUGCAGGAAGGUCAUCCUCAAGAGGGAUCACCACUGUUUUUUCACCGGGAACUGCAUCGGCAACAAGAACAUGCGCUACUUCAUCAUGUUCUGCAUCUACACAUCGUGCACGUGUCUUUACUCUCUGGUUCUCGGAGUGGCCUUUCUGACAGUGGAGUACUCCAUCUCCUUUGAGAACCCGCUGACCUUCCUGACCCUUCUCCCUCUCUCCACUGGUUACUUUUUCAUGGGAACAAUCUCAGGCUUGCAGUUGUUCCUGGUGCUGAUGCUCUACGUGUGGCUGGGCAUCGGCCUGGUCUGCGCAGGUUUCUGCUGCCAGCAGGUGCUGCUGGUGGCCCGGGGACAGACCUGGUGUCAGAUGCAGAGAGGGGAGCUGGUGGAGAGCCGCAGCCCCUGGAGAGCCAACCUAAAGGACGUGUUCGGCACGCGCUGGAUCCUCGGCCUCAUCCUGCCCGUGCAGACGGUGGAGACGUGCUGCGAGGACUCAGACGCACAUAAACAAGACUGAGAGCUGUGAAAAACAGAAGCUGAAACUCUGGAUCCACACGGUGAUUAAUUUGAAAUUCUAAGUGGAUGCUUUAAGACGUCCAUGAAAUAGCUAGCCGUUAGCACACAUUCCUUUAAGGAUAGGAGCCAUAAAAGCAAUGUGAAAUAAGUGCAUAGUGUUAAGUGUAUCAUUUAAGUAGGCAAUAUUAAGACGUAGAAGUCAUUUUGGGAAAUCCAGCUGUUUUACAUGCAACGCUUGCAUCUGAAUAUAAAGACGAGUUUGCAUGCCGUUGUAGCUUCGCGGUUUUGUUAUUUGACGGCCUGUGCCAUGCAGCGCUCUGAGAUUACCAGUCAAAGUGCUUUGUUCUUCCACACUUCCUUAUAGGAUGCCUACGAUGCGACAUUCAGGAGUAUUUCUAUGACAGUAAGCCACUUUGAUGUUAAGGGCUAUCAAACAAGGAAACUACAGCGUGUAUUCAGCAUAAACUGCCAGCUUUGACGGUGAACUGUAUGUUUUUUGUUUUUGUUUUUUACACUAAUGUAACGGUUUGACAAAGGUACAGUAACAUGCUCCUUUAUAAGAAUGGGAGGGGGAAAUGUAGAUCAUAUUAUUAUCCAGGGUAUUAUUCACCACGUGCCAUAACAUGCUUAUAGAUCACCCCAAAGAUGAGGUGUUACUGCUAAAGAUAGGCCACUCUGCAUAAUAACAUUAUGAAUUCUUCACUGUUACGCUGUGGCUACAGCUACUGACAUACUGGACUUUACGUCAAAGAUGUUUUUGGGUUUCAAUAAACACACUUUUUAGAGAUA